UGUUCCAAUAUUUCUGGUGGUUCGGCUUCGCUUUAAUCUGGAGAGAGAGAUAGAAACAGGGAAAAAGGAAAUUUUCUGUUCGUUUGGCCGUGAAAAUUUUCUUGGCUUCUGUUUCAAACUUACACUCAAUGAUCCGAGGCUUCAAAGUGAAACCGAUCCCUUGAAAAAUCCCUUUUUUACUCAUUUCUUUAAUUCCGUCGCUAUAAUUUGCUUGGAGCUGAAUUCUUCAUGUUCUUCCAUUUCAUCAUCUACCUUUAAUCACUGCUCCUCUUUCAUUUUCUGUUUUUUUGUGGCUCACUGUUCGAUUCAACCCCCAAUCCCUUUUAAUCUUGUUUUCAGGGCAACUCCAUUUCUCCAUAUUGGUCGUUUCAAUACUCGAAUUUUCUGGAUUAAAAUUGGUUUUAUUCUUCUUGUAUUUCACCCGGAUUCUCAGAAUUUCGACUGUUUUUGCAAAGGAUGACACUCACGCUUGAAUCACAGCCCGGAAGCUCCGGGUACUUGGAUAUCUAUCCUGAGAGGAAAAUGUAUUAUUUUAAGAAUCCUUACGUGCUUGGAUUGACGGUGGUUGCUGGGAUUGGUGGCUUGCUCUUCGGCUACGAUACAGGUGUGAUAUCUGGAGCUCUUCUUUAUAUUAAAGAUGAUUUUGAAGCUGUCAAAAACAGUAGUUUCCUACAGGAAACAAUUGUGAGUAUGGCUUUGCUUGGUGCAAUUGUUGGAGCUGCUGCUGGGGGAUGGAUUAAUGAUGUUCAUGGACGGAAGAAGGCAACCCUCCUUGCUGAUGUUGUCUUCGCACUCGGUGCUGCUGUAAUGGCUGCAGCUCCAGAUCCAUAUAUUCUUAUAGCAGGAAGAUUCCUAGUUGGCAUUGGCGUGGGUGUGGCGUCUGUCACAGCUCCAGUAUACAUUGCAGAAGCAUCCCCAUCUGAAAUAAGAGGAGGACUAGUCAGCACUAAUGUGUUGAUGAUAACUGUUGGACAGUUUCUCUCCUACCUCAUAAAUCUUGCAUUUACCCAGGUCUCUGGAACUUGGCGUUGGAUGCUGGGAGUUUCAGGCGUUCCAGCUGUGAUUCAAUUUGUUUUUAUGCUUUGUCUGCCAGAGUCUCCAAGAUGGCUUUUUAUGAAGGAUGACAAAUCCAAAGCCAUUUCGGUGCUCUCUAAAAUUUAUGAUUUUCCUCGUUUAGAAGAUGAAAUUGACUACCUUUCUUCUCAACUAGAGGAAGAAAAGCAUAAAAAGAAAAACGUAAGCUACAUGGAUGUAUUUAAAUCAAAAGAGAUCAGACUUGCGUUUCUGGCCGGGGCUGGACUUCAGGCAUUUCAGCAGUUCACUGGUAUCAACACAGUCAUGUAUUACAGCCCAACUAUCGUCCAGAUGGCUGGCUUUAGGUCCAACCAGUUGGCACUCCUUCUAUCCCUCAUUGUUGCUUCCAUGAACGCUGCUGGAACAGUGCUUGGAAUCUACCUUAUCGACCACUUAGGGAGGAAGAAACUUGCCAUUUCGAGCUUAUCUGGUGUAGUAGUAUCACUUGCCAUUCUUUCUGGUGCAUUCUUUGCGAGCCAAUCUGGUUCAGCAGAUGGUCUGCAUGGAUGGAUUGCAGUGAUUGGAUUAGCUCUCUACAUUGCUUUCUUUUCCCCUGGGAUGGGACCCGUGCCGUGGACCGUUAACUCAGAGAUAUAUCCCGAGGCUUAUCGGGGGCUUUGUGGUGGCAUGUCAGCAACAGUCAAUUGGGUUUCAAAUUUGAUUGUGGCUCAAACGUUUCUUUCGCUCACUGAAGUAGCUGGAACUGGUCCAACUUUCCUCAUCCUUGCAGGCAUAGCCGUGCUCGCAGUAGUGUUUGUUGUCAUGUAUGUUCCUGAGACACAGGGACUGACAUUUGAGGAGGUGGAGAUGAUUUGGAAGGAGAGGGCUUGGGGCAGGGAUUCAAAUACAGAAAGCCUUCUUGCUUGAGUAAAUGGGGGGUUGUGAUAUAUAUAUAUAUAUGUGGGUAGAACUUUUUGGAUGAUGUUGGAGACAGAUUGUAUGUUGGUAUUAGAAUAUGCUUCAAAUCAUAAUGUAGCUUGUGUAAUUUCAAAUUGAGCAUGGUUUAUAUUCAUAAUCAAGGCAGCUUCUUGAAAUUGAGGAACAUUUCAAAUGCCUAAAGUUUCCCACCUUCAAGUUUAACUCAUUAGUCAUUUUAGAGUAACAAAGAAAUUUCGUA